AUGACGCAGACUAAAGCUCAUUUCCCUGUGUUCUCAAAGGAUGGGAACUUUGUUAUUGCAGGUGUUUUCUCUAUUCACUCCAAACUGAACACAGUCAUUUAUAACUACACUUUUAAGCCUGAACCUCUAAGAUGCACAGGAAGUCCAGUAGGUCGGGAGUUACGUUUCUCUCGAGCAUUGAUAUUUGCUAUCGAGGAAAUAAACAACAACACAGUACUUUUGCCGGGUAUCAAACUUGGAUAUCAGAUCUAUGACUCAUGCUCAUCAGUGCCCAUGGCUGUGCAUGUGGCAUUUCAACUAACUAAUGGCUGGGACCCUUUCUUUUACAAAGGCAGCAGUUGUUCUCAUUCUACUGAGGUGUUGGCUGCUAUUGGUGACUCAGAAACCACUCCRUCCAUCAGUAUGCUGCGCAUCAUUGGGUUAUUUAACAUCCCUCUGGUGAGCCACUUUGCCACCUGUGCCUGCCUGUCAGAUAAGCAGCAGUUUCCAACAUUUUUCAGAACAAUUCCCAGUGAUCAGUUCCAAGCUGAUGCUCUGGCCAAGCUGGUGAAACACUUUGGUUGGACUUGGAUUGGUGCUGUUCGCUCAGACUCAGAUUAUGGAAAUAAUGGCAUGGCGUCUUUCCUUGAUGUAGCACAAAAAGAGGGCAUUUGUGUAGAGUACUCUGAAUCUAUCCAUCGGACUGACCCACGAAACAAGAUUCAAAGAGUAGCUGAUGUUAUCCGCAGAUCAACAGCAGUGGUUGUUGUGGCUUUUUUGUCCUUUGGAGAAAUGAAGGUUCUGUUAGAGGAGCUGGCCCGGGAGCCUCCACCACCCCGUCAGUGGAUAGGAAGUGAGUCCUGGGUAACUGACCCAAACCUAAUGGGCUUUAGUUCCUGUGCAGGAGCCAUUGGAGUGGGUAUUCAACAGUCUGUCAUACCAGGACUGAGAGACUUCCUGCUGGAUCUCUCCCCAACUCAAGUAGCUGCCUCUACUUUGCUAACUGAUUUUUGGGAGGAUGCAUUCAAAUGCAGCCUAAGAAAAAGUGCUGAUCCUGAUAAAAAGAUGUGUGAUGGAACUGAAGAUAUAAAAACACUUAAAAACCCGUACACUGACACAUCGCAGUUAAGGGUUACUAACAUGGUGUACAAGGCUGUUUAUGCAAUAGCYCAUGCCAUUCACAGUUUAAUGUGUCUUGAAAUAAGUGAAACCUCACAGUGUAAUAGACAUACCAACCUGGAGUCUAAGCAGGUUUUUACUGAACUCAAAAAAGUAAAUUUUUCCCAAAAUGGUUAUCCUGUACUAUUUGAUGCUAAUGGGGAUCCUGUGGCUUUUUAUGAGCUGGUCAACUGGCAGAAGAGUGAAAGUGGAGUUAUUGAGCUKRUAACAGUAGGAUAYUAUGAUGCAUCACUGCCAAAAGGCCAGGAGUUGCAUAUAAUCAGGAACAUAACUUGGGUGGAAAGUGGCACUCAGGCUCCAGUGUCAGUGUGCUCUGAGAGUUGUCCUCCAGGAACUCRUAAAGUGUUGCAGAAAGGAAAACCCAUCUGCUGCUAUGAUUGUAUACCAUGUCCUGAAGGAGAGAUCAGUAAUGCAACAGAUUCUCCAGAUUGCUUCCCAUGUUCCAGUGAAUUCUGGCCUAAUGCAAAAAGAAAUUCUUGUUUCCCCAAACCUGUUGAGUUUCUGUCCUUUGAUGAAAUUCUGGCAAUCAUCCUGGCUUCAUUCUCUGUUUUUGGAGCCUGUCUGUCCAUCAUAACAGCAGUUAUUUUCUUUUAUCACAGAUCAACUCCAAUUGUUAAAGCCAACAACUCUGAGCUGAGCUUCYUGCUGCUCUUCUCUCUGACUCUGUGUUUCUUAUGUUCAUUAACUUUCAUUGGAGCUCCCUCUGARUGGUCCUGCAUGCUGAGACACACAGCGUUUGGCAUAAUUUUUGUUCUCUGUAUCUCAUGUGUUCUUGGCAAAACUMUAGUGGUUUUAAUGGCCUUUAAAGCUACACUUCCAGGUAGUAAUGUCAUGAAAUGGUUUGGACCUCCACAACAAAGAAUGACUGUUGUAUCUCUUACUUUUAUUCAAAUUUUAAUUUGUAUUGUAUGGCUGGUUGUCAGCCCUCCCUUUCCAAUGAAAAACCUGAGYACAUACAAGGAGAAGAUCAUCCUGGAAUGUGCAUUAGGCUCUGCUGUUGGCUUCUGGGCUGUGCUCGGCUACAUUGGCCUGCUGGCUGUUUUUUGCUUUGUGUUAGCUGUUCUAGCUCGGAAACUACCUGAUAAUUUUAAUGAAGCCAAGCUGAUAACCUUCAGCAUGCUGAUAUUCUGUGCAGUGUGGAUCACCUUCAUCCCAGCAUAUGUCAGCUCUCCUGGAAAAUUUACUGUGGCUGUGGAGAUAUUUGCCAUCCUGGCCUCCAGUUUUGGACUGAUACUGUGUAUAUUUGCUCCAAAGUGUUUCAUCAUACUAUUUCAGCCAGAGAAGAACUCCAAGAAAUAUUUAAUGAACAAAAAUCAAAUGUAAAAUGCUCAAGGUAUCCAGUGAAGAUGACAAGAUGAACAUGACAAUGACGGC